CGUUGUUGUGGUCAAUUUUAUGGUUAUAGAGUUUACUCGCUGAGAGAUGUUAUUACCUGGGAAUUAUUGUAAACAUACUCUAUUAUUGCGACCUUCAACCUUCAUUUACUGAAGUAUCUAAAACAUAUCGCAAAUAUAGAUAAGAUGCGCGAUAUAUUUCAUACGACUAGUGUGAAAAAUAAAACGAGAUGGUUAUAUUUUAGCUAAAAGUUUAUUACUAACCUGUUAACCUGAAGAAAUAUUUGUUGACUGUUUUUAUUAGCCGUUGACGGAAUGUCAAAUAUGAGUUCAGGGUUAAAGUUGUUGGUAGGUUGUAGACCUGUUCCAGUCGUCUCGAACUUGAUCAGGAAGAACAAUAUAAAAUUGUGCCAUAGAAAAAUGUCAGUGUUAAAAACAAAAGAAAAACAAAUUAUUACUCCACUGAAGGAAGCAAAACGCUUUAUGAUAGACUGUUUUAAAGCGGUUGGAUGUAAUCAAACUCAUGCUGAAAUAGUAGCAGAUAACUUACUGGAAGCCGAUUACAGAGGGCAUUACAGCCAUGGAAUGAAUAGAUUAGAAAUGUACCUUAAAGAUGUAAAGAGCGGACUGACGCUUCCCAAUAUCGUGCCUACAAUAGAUCAAGAAACGGUGGCCACUGCUGUAGUAAACGGUAAUAACGGCUUUGGUGCUGUUGUAGGACAGUAUUGUAUGAAUUUAGCUAUGGAAAAAGCUGAAAAUACUGGAAUAGGACUAGUUGUGUGUCAUCAUUCAAAUCAUUACGGAAUUGCUGGAAUAUACGCCUUGCAAGCAAUUAAAAAAGGAUUAAUUGGAUUUAGUGCUACGAACACUUCCCCUCUAAUGGUUCCCACUAGGGCAACUAAGUCAGCUUUAGGAACAAAUCCAAUAUCACUUGGAGUGCCAGCCAAUGAUGGAGAUAGCUUUGUUCUGGAUAUGGCAACGACUGCUGUUGCUUUAGGAAAGAUUGAAAUUCAACGAAGAAAGGGAGAGCCAAUUCCACAAGGAUGGGCUUUAAACAAAGAAGGCAAAGUUGAGACUGAUUCUAGUGUCGCUUAUAAGGCUACGAGAUUGCUUCCUCUCGGAGGAGAAGAAUUAAAUUCUGGAUAUAAAGGAUACGGGUUGGGAAUGUUCGUAGAGAUAUUAUGUGGAAUUUUAUCAGGAUCGUCAUAUGGCCCAAAUAUACGAAACUGGACUGACUUCGGCAAGGAGGCGAACCUAGGACAUGCUUUUAUGGCAAUAAAUCCCAAAGUAUUUGCACCCGGAGUAGAAAACAGAAUGAGCGACUUAAUGAAUUCCUUAAGAAAUAUGGAACCUGCUGAUCCAAAUCUACCUGUGUUAGCUCAUGGCGAUGUUGAGAGGCAUCAUAUGGAAAAAGUUCAUAAAGACGGAGGUUUAUCCUACGUUCAAAAUCAACAUGAUACAAAUAAGAGGCUUGCAGAAAAUUUAAAAAUUUCUCCCAUGAUUUCAGUUUGAAAAAUGGGACAUGUGUAUAAUACAUAAAUGUUAUUUAUUUCAUGCUUUCGAAAAUGCUACAUAACAACGUAGCUGAUUAAUUAUGAAAUGCGUCAUACGCUAAGUAUUGCGUUGUUUAUUUUUUUUUUUAAAUAGUCUUGCAAUGUUAACUAUUUGUAGCGCAUGUAAUGCUUGUUUAACCAUUUGUUUUGGUACUGAUAGGUUUUAGAAGAUAUAUAUUAAAUAUCUACAAAACUACUAAAUAAUUUAAAAUAUUUAUUUUGUAGUUAUUUUAGCAAUUUUAUCUAUCUAUCUAAUUUUAGCAAUACUAUGAAUAUAUGCAAAUACUUAUAUUUCGUAAGUAUCUGGUUUUAAUAUUUUACAUGGUUAUUCUUAUAUAGAUACAUUAGAUACAAACAUAUUUAACGUAAAAUCAAAAUGUACCGAAUACACUUAUAAUAAUGUUUUUAAUAACUGUAUCCUUUCUUCGCUGGUAUUUUUUGUUAAAGGCAUAGAAUAUCUAAUUGUUAACAAUCGCUAAAUUGCUUUAUCGGCUAAAUGUAAAUGAAGUCUUUUGAUUGUCUUUUUUAAACAAAUAUAUAAGGUAAACAAGUGCAAGAUUCCAGACCAUUUCCCUUUGAUCCCAAAAGCUGUAAGUUUUUCCUGGGCCAUCGCAAAGAACUUAUGAGGAGCAAUAAGCCAAUAAAAGUUCAAAUUUCCGUACAGUCUGCAUGUUAUGCAUUUCGAUCUCGUUGUAAAAUGUUACGGAUUAUAUCUAUACAAAUAUUAGCGCAAUGAACUAUUGUUUUUAUCACUAUUUCAUCGAAAAAAAAAUUCCAGAACACUAGUUAAAAAGUUAGUAUAGUUAGUAGACCAAAAUCGAAAACUUACUUUGACAAACUUAAGAACACGGAUAGCGGCGUUGGAGACAGUUGUCCACCACUAAAAGACUUUUGGAAAUGCUUGGCAACUAAGCGCGUGUUACUAUGCACAACAAGUGCAUAGUACAUCGAGCAAAAAGACAAAAGAGGGAAUGUAAAGGUAGUAUGGGCAAACAUAUUGUUAGACAGGAAGUGCAAUCUUUAGAGGCCACAUUAAACAAGAAAAGAGAGUCUCUCUCCCUGUUUGACAUCAAAUUUAGUUGGGUUAUGUUAUUGUUUGUCCCAAAUGUCACAUGAAAUUUUAUUUAUAUUGAAGUUUUUUAACAAUUUUGUCGCAUUUUAGACUAUUGUCGUUAAUAAUUAAUUAAAGCUUUCUCGUCUAAGACACAUUCUGAAAAAUAUUAUAUAGCUACUGUUGAUAAGUGUCGGAAAAUUUAAAUUUGGCGCAUUCGCAUUUCCGGAUAUGUCCGCCAUCAGAGGUCACUUUUUUGGUCUCCUUUUCAUAAGGAUUAGAUUCCCUCUUUUGUCUUUUUGCUCGAUGGCAUAGUAACACGCGCAUGACUAGGUGAAUGUAUACAUACAUUCACCUAGACACUGCUUGGAAGUAUUGAAGUCUAGGUAGCUCUCAUGAUACAAUAACUUGGUUCCGCUUUUUUUUGGAAAGUGUGCUUUUACACCAGCUGUUCAUUGAGCCUACUUACAAUCGUGUAAUAUAAAAAAAUAUCAAAGUUAUUAUAAAUGUUUAGAAGGUAAUAAGUUAGCCCUUUUCCAAACUGUUUUUUUUAGUAACAAAUUUAAUAAAACUUUAAAAAUUUUUUAAUAAACCUUAUAAAUGAAUACUCAAAGAAUAGAUUGUGAUUUAUAAAAUACCUCUAGAGUGACUGUUUGGGUAGGCAUAGUUGACUCAAUAUUCACUCUCCAGGAUAAACAAAUUGAAUUACUUAUAAACUAUUUGGUCGUAUUGUUUGAAAUCUGUAAGUUAUUAGUUCAUGAACUGCCACAAUUUUAAUGGGUUAUUUAUUACAUGUUUUUGUGGUUAUUACAUGUUUUUUCCUUUUUAAGAUUGUUAAACACACAAAGAAAAAAACAAAAUCAGCUGUACGUUAUUACGAAUUUGUCAUGAGCUACCCCUUAUUUACCUUUUAGGCCCUUCAAAUAUCUGUAUAAGAUUUUUUCAGAUUUUUUUCUUCAUUGACUGGGGUAACAUACUGAAAUUUUUUGAAGCAUGAGACAAAUAUAAAUUAUUAUAAAUAUUUGUAUCGACUUUAGAAAAGAUUCCUAGCAAAACUAAAAAGAUAUUCUAUAAAAGAUAUAUUUUUUAUAAACGUAUGAAAUUUUAUUUACAGAUCGAUACUUGUAUGUGUACUUAAGUCUGUAUUUGUAUUUAUUGGUUAAGAACUGUCUAUUUUUAUAGAAUUUUAUUGUUAAACGAUUUUUAAGAUUAUUUUUAAGCCAUAUAUUACUGUGAUUUGUUUUAAUAUUUAAGAUUUACAAUAAAGAGUUGUUUCUUAA